AUGGUCUCUGCCAAUCAGGGCAUGCCAUGGAGUACCAAGCGUUUGCCGACGACGACGAGGACGCGCCAAGAUCAUGACGCCGCCGUCGGAGAGAAUCCUCAGACUGCUGUCGGCAGUCAGAGGUGUUCAACUCCAGGGCCGCCUGCUGCUUCCUUGAACUCUUCCUCUCCCAGGACCGGUCUUUUUGAAGGUCGACCCCACGAGCAGAGACAGGGCGCAGCGCGUGGAACACGCAGUUCGGCUCGCAAGGACCUGGUCUCCGCUUUCCCUUGGGAGGCCCUCGACAUUGACAAGCUCAAUAGGAGCUCCCCACUUCAAAGCAGUAAAGGUCAGCAGCAGACCGAAGAUACAGCUGCGGACCUGAGUCCCUCUCUCCGCAUUAUGUCCCGAAAUCGGCCCCGAGGUCCUCCAGUCCCCAGGGACAAUGGCCUCGCAGCCAAUGAGGAAACCGAUAUGUGGAACAAGAUUCUACAGGAUCUGCGCAAGGCCAAAGAGAAGAACGACAAGCAAAAGGUCCUGGCAGAGCAAAUAGCUACGCUGAAUGAGAAGAUCGGCCGAGAGGGCGGCAAGCCAACUUUGAGCGAGCAUAACCAACUGGACAGCCUUUACAGGCAGAUGGCGAAGUUGUGCGAGGAGGAACGAGCUAUCCUCCAAGACGAGCCCAGUGAUGUGAUCAAGAACCUCGGUCUUUUGACAGCGCUUCGGCAGGCAUCAGAAGCCGAGGCGCCGCAGAACCGGGCUGCAUCUCUCUCCAAGUCACGGAAGAAGCGAAAUGAGAUGGACGGCUCGGCUACCGACUCGCCGGGUCCGUCCAAUAACUCCUUGUCGGACAAAGUCAGCCGCGUGAAGGGUGGCAUUCAGCGUAGUACCAGUGCUUCCAGCUCGCAGGCCCGCGAGGGCCGGGACCCCAUCGUACAAAUCAAGGUAGAAGAAGGCUCCGAGGGCGCGAAGGGCACGCUAGCCGAACGAAGCGGGCAUCUAGUGGUUGGCGCGGAAGUCGUCUUCAAGCACAACAAGAACAAGCAAGGUGUCGAAGGCGAGGGCAUUCAAUGCAUUAUCAAAGGGAUCUCCGGGGAUGGGCCCAAGAAACGGUAUGAUGUACAGGACCCGGAACCAAACGAAAACGGUGAACAGGGCGCGGUAUACAGAACCGCCGCAGCGUCGCUGAUUCCAAUACCUCGCAUCGGGUCUACGUUGCCCUCGUUUUCUCUUGGGAAACAAGUUCUGGCAAGAUAUCCAGACACUACCACUUUCUAUCGUGCCGAGGUUAUGGGUACUAAGAAGGAUGUCUAUCGCCUCAAGUUCGAGGGUGAGGAAGAUGAUAAGGAGAUGGAGGUUGACCGCCGCUUCGUUCUGGACAUUCCCGGAAAGUAAUGCACCCGUCUCUGUGCCUCUCCUAUCAGGCCUUUGCUCUCGCUCAAGCCUCGAUAUAAUGCCAAGCCAGAUGGAUGGUUCUGAACGGAAGUAGGGAAAGAAAGGGGAUAAGUCCGGAAUCGCCUCGGGUUUAUGGCGUGGGAAACAUUCUACGAUACUGCAAUCAGAGGAAGGGUGAAAUCGGCUGCCAGAUUGAUCGAUUACUUGAUACCCAUUGUUUAGCUCGGUUUUGUUAUGAUUUGAUGGAGUUUUGUGACUGUGCACGGAGUUGGACUUGCUUUUCAUCUUCCAAUUUUCAACCUGCUUCUUUUCCUUCUAUUUGUUACUUGGAAUAGGUGGUUUUAUAGCGGACAAAUGAUAUUGUGGACCAAAGACAAAUGAACG